GGAGCGCAGUUUUAGUUUGACGGUGGCGACCGAAGAUGCGCGCAACGUCAAAAAUGCGUCAAUAGCAAAGGCGCACACGGCGCACGCAAGUGUAGUACAACGGUGUCGCUGCGAUCGUCAUUUGUUGUUUGCUUUGGUCGGGGCAUAGCGUAAGAGGUACAGUGUACGGCGUACGGCGGAGGAGAAAAAAAGCAAGAAAAUGUCAGCGGCUGCAGCGGCGGUGGCUUCAGCUGCAGUGUGAACCCUCGCGCAGGAAUCGGUCGUGGUGUGCGUGAAGGAAUUGGGUGCGUCUGGUGGGCCAGCACGUCGUCGAUCGCCCGGUUGCUGGUCGCUGGUCGCGCUUGUUGGCGGCGCGGCCGCGCUGUGUGUGAGUGCGCCCGCGCGCCCGCUGCGGCUGCGGCGGUGGUGCGUGCCCGCCGAGGCGUUUGAUGAACGUGUGCUGCGAAUCGCGCCGCGAGCACUCAUCGCCGACGACCUGACUUGACUCACGAGCUUCAGCCCGAUAUCGAUUCGGCUGCAGCAAUUAUGUGUGCGACGACGAACUUCGCGUACAACUGGCAGCUGGACCCGCAGAACGCCGCCGAGGACCUGCACAACUACUCCAUCCAGAGCGUGCUCGACCCGCAGAAGGUGAAGAUCCGCAAGCCGAUGUUCUUCAUGAAGCCGGAGAUGGGGCCGGGCGAGAAGCUGGAGAAGCACCUCAUCUCGCCCUACGCCACCGUACAGCUGACGCCCGAGGAGUACAAUCAGAUUAUCUCGAAGCGGCACGAGGUGCCCGUGAAGCCCGAGGGCCAGCCGGAGGAGCCCAGCCCGAAGAUGCGCCCGUUUGCCUGCCAUGAGUGCGGCAAGACCUUCCUCCUCAAGCACCACCUCACCACGCACGAGAAGACCCACUCGGGCAUCAAGCCGCACUCGUGCCACCACUGCGGCAAGGCCUUCACCCACAAGCACUGCUUGAACACACACCUGCUGCUGCAUUCCAGCCAGCGGCCCUACCAGUGCGUCGAGUGCAAGAAGAGCUUCACGCUCAAGCAUCACCUCAUCACACACACGCGGGUGCAUAACCGCGAGCGGCCAUUCGUGUGCAAGGACUGCGGCAGGACGUUCCCGCUGAAGCGGCAUCUCGUCACCCACAGUAAGUUCCACGCCGGCGAGCGGCCGCACAUAUGCACCGAAUGCGGCGAGAGUUUUGCCCAAAGGACCAUUUGGUAUGUGAUGCACUCGCGAUUCCACGGUGCGAUCAACUCCUUUAUCUGUCACGACUGUGGGGCGGCUUUCACGCGCAAAUUCGAGCUGGUGAACCACAAUCGGCUGCAUGGGAAGAAUCCGCAUUCGUGUCCCAUCUGCCACAAGGAGUUACAGAAAAGGACCUUAAUUACGCAUAUGCGGUAUCACAGCGGCGAGUUUAACUACUCGUGCACCACAUGCGGCGAGACGUUCCAAUCGAAGCCGGAGCUGACGAUGCACACGAAGAUGCACCACACGGAGAACGAGAGCAAGCCGCUGUCGUGUUCGGAGUGCGCGCUCACGUUCAACUCGCCGGAGGCGCUCGCAUUGCACAUUAAACUGCAUAGCGGCGACUCGCUGCUGGUGAACGAUCUCUGCACGCUCACCGCCAGCCUGCAUCACCCGUCCUUCCCGAUGGGCCACCCGGGCGCGAAUUACUCGCAGUACAAGCACGUGGUGAAUUACCAGGCGGGCGGUACAGCGGCAGGCGCAGGCACCGCUCCCAACACACCCAACACCAGCGGCAAUCAGAAAGGCGCCAAUGCGCAGAAGAUCAAGCCGCACGUGUGCAAGGUGUGCUCGAAGGCAUUCAGCGCCAAGCACGGCCUCCAUCAACACACCAAGCGCCAUCCGGAGGGCACGUGCGCACUCAAAUCGCACAUCUGCGACCUGUGCAACAAGGGCUUUUACCAGAAGAACCACCUCAUCCUGCACCAGCGUCAACAUUUCGACCCCAAGCGUAACGGACAAGCUGCAGCGGCGCAACAGCAGCAACAACAACAACAAGCCCAACAACAGCAGCAGCAGCAGCAACAACCGCUGCAACAACAACAACAGCAGCAGCAGCAACAGCAACAACAACCGCUGCAGCAACAGCAGCAGGUGGUGGUUCAGCAGCAGCAACCGCAGACCGUGUCCGUGCCGGUCGUGGUCGCGCAGCAACAGAAACCCGACGAUAAGAACGACUUGGGACUGAUUAAGCAUGAGGUCGCACAACCCGACUGCACCCUCUCGGAGUUUUCGUAAUUGACUAGAGAUGUAUUUAAUCAAGGGUUACAUGAUCAGGGCGGCGAGUAGCAUGCGGAUGAAUACAAUACCAUUAUAACUAUAAUAAUUAAUACAAGUAACAAUAUAAUUAACAGUACCAUAAGUAAACGCGCACGCGGUUACACUAAGCGCUAGCGUUGUAUAGAAAACCAUGGUGAAGUGAAGAGAUUUUUCCUUCAUUUCCACACACACACACUAAGUAACAAAAUGCAUGCACGCAUCAACAAAACGAAAACGAUGAUGGAGAUCAAUACAGAUUAGGAACUGUUUAAUUUAUAUAUGACUAACAUAUGUAUACCCAGGAGAGGCACAGGUACACACACACACACACGCAGCGAGCGAAAACAAAUUGCUAGCAUAGUGCAGAUAUUGAUUGAUUCGUACGGAAAUCAUCGCUAGAAACACUUUCGUAUUGAUAAUAUACGACGAAAUGAAAACAAGUAACACACAAACAUAUAAAUAAUUAAUCAUACGAGAUACGUUUUAUGAUUUACUGUGAUUCGCUUUAGUAGUUAAAGAAAAAAAGUAGGUGUUAUGAUAAUGACUCUCUUCGUAAGCGCACCAAUCACUACCUAGAGCGGUAUGAUUUGUUUAUCGACGUGGGGAUUAUUCAUCAAUGCAAUCAAAAUGUUUUUUCACUCGUGAACAAACCGAUGACCGAUAGUAGGAUAGUAACACACUAAUAAACUAACACACUCGCAGACGGAUGGGAUGCGAUUUGAAGAAAAAAAAUGCGGAAAAAUUGUAACAAGUGUCGCGGUUCAUCGCACAUAUGAACACACACAACACACACACACACGCAUGAGAUAAAUGUUUUAGAUAAUACCAUUAUAUAUGCACUAGCGUUUAAAACUACGAUUAUCUGAGUAUGAUUUUCGGCGUUAAUAAUUUAAGUUUAGGCGUUUAGCUCUUGCUUGAUUUCCAGAUGAUGAUGACAGGCGAGCUGUGCACACAAAUGAAUUAAUUGUAUAUGUUUUUUGAUCGAGGCAGCAGCGAACAGGCGACGUUUGAUUAGUACAAAAUGAUGAAAAAAUCACUGGAAUGCUGUGUGAAAUUGUACACAAUUAAUUUCGCGACAAGAAAAAAAGAA